UCUUUCUCUCUUUCUUUUUCUACCUCUCUCCCCUCCCUCCCGCCUGCCUGCAUUCCUUUUUUCCUUCUUCUUUUUUUUUUUUUUUUUUUUUUUUUUUUUAAUAUGAGGAAGGUAGCUUUAGUGAAAACAGGCUUUGGAGUUGAACCUACUUGGGUUCAAAUUCGAGUUCUGUCCACCACCGAGACCUGCGCUCCGGGUGGGACUCGCUUUCCCAUCCGCGAAACGGGGACGGCGCCGCCUCCACCCCGCGGCGUUCGGGGCGGGCUGAAUGGGACGCCGAGUACUGGCUCCAGCCACGCCCUUCCCUCCCCGCCCCCGGCGCCGAGCGACUGCCAAGGCAGUGUCCCCAGGGGACCGAAACCGGGGCGGGGUCUCGGUCCCUCCGCGGAAGGAGGGAGCCGGUCCGUACCAGGCAGGAGUCGCCGCCCCGCGCCGCCGCGCUCCCCGAGCCAUGGCGCCUUCCCUGUGGCGGGCCUGCAACGGGCUCAUGGCCGCCUUCUUCGCAAUGGCGGCCUUCGUGCAGGUAAAUGAUCCUGAUGCAGAGCUGUGGGUGGUGGUAUACACAAUCCCUGCAGUACUGACCCUGCUUGUUGGACUUAACCCUCAAGUCACAGGUAAUGUUAUUUGGAAAGGUAUCUCUGCAAUACACAUACUCUUUUGUAUGGUGUGGGCUGUUGGCUUGGCGUACUACCUCUUGCGUCAUACACAACAGAACAUCUUACAUGAGGAAGAAGGCAGCCACUUCCAAAAUCUGAAAUGUACGCCCUUUUAUAGGGAGCUGUGUGGUCUGGUGAUUAUUACAGCAUGGAUUAUCCUGUGCCGCAGUUCCUCAAAGACUCCAGUUGGUGGAAGAAUUCAGUUGGCUAUUGCCAUUGUAAUCACACUUUUCCCAUUUAUUUCAUGGGUCUACAUAUAUAUUAACAAGGAAAUGCGGUCCUCCUGGCCAACUCAUUGCAAGACAGUAAUUUAAAUAAAUUCAAGAACUUUGUUUUUAAAAUGAAUAUUUUCAAUCAAUUUUUUAUAAACAUUAGAGGAACAAGCCAGGGAGUUUAUUUUAGGUAAUUUGGGCUAAUAGAGUUUUUUAAAACUCCAAAUAACUUUUUAAGGGUGCGUAUAAUUUGAUAUAAGAUUGGAUGGGACAAGUCAGAGACAGUCUGAUAUUUUCGGAAGACUUUCUGCAGGGUCUUGUGUCAUAAUGUAGUGGAAAAGGCUAGAGAAUAGAAGUUUAAAAAUACGAGUUCUAACUCAACUUUGUAACUAUGUAAUUUGGGCAAAUAUAUAAACCUCUUAGUGGAUAUUUCUUUAUAACAUAGGAUUAAUGCCACAUCUACUUACUUAUACAGUAGCAAGGAUCAAUCUAGAUAAUGUAAGAACACUCUGAAGAUAUAAAGUAUUCGGAAAGAUUACGGAGGGCUGUCCAUGAUUAAAAUAGAGGGGAGCAGGGAUUGGGUAAUAUACUGAAAUAGAGGUUCAAGAGAGGGCUAUACCUCGAUCUUUCUUUCUUUCUUUUUUUUAAGACAGUCUCACUGUGUUGCCCAGGCUGGAGUGCAGUGGUAUGAUCAUGGCCCACUGCAGUCUGGACCUCCCGGGGCUCAGGUGAUCUCCUACCUCAGCCUCCCAAAGAGCUAGGACUACAAGUGUGCACCACCACGCCUGGCUAGUUUUUUUUUAAAUUCUUCGUAGAGACAGGGUUUUGCCAAGUUGCCCAUGCUGGUCUUGAACUUCUGAGUUCAAGCGACCUGUCCACCUCAGCCUCCCAAAGUGCUGGGAUUACAGGUGUGAGCCACCAUGCCUAGCCCAGCCCUAAACUAAUCUUAUCCAGAUCUGGCACAGUGCAGUGAACUCAAGGAGAACUCUAGAUGAACCAAAUGAGCAGGCAUGUCUUGGAAAGAAAGGGAAGCUGGAUAGAAUAAAGGAAUUAGGGACCAAUCAGGAAGGAAAUAGGGAAUAUAAGUACCUUCUAAAUGAGAAAUAAGGUCAAAAUCUAUACACAUUCUUUACAAAUGGAUGUCCAAAGUAACCCUAGGGAGGAGAGGUUUUGUUUUUUCAUUUCCAUUUUCAUUUUAAAAUGGGUACUUGAUGAUUAGAAAACUUACCGUGUUUAGAACAACUUGGGUAUUUGAAUCUAACUUUCCAAUUGCAAAUUUUAUGAUACCUAAAUACAGAUACAGUAUUUUCAGUGAAAUUUUAUUGUCCAAAUGAGGGGGGCUUUAAAUGUAAAAUACACUGGAUUUUAAAGACAUGGGUAGCAAAAGAAUGUAAAAUAUUUUUUGUAUUGAUUACAUGUUGAAACAGUAUUUUGGCUAUAUUGGGUUAAAUAUACCGUUAAGUUGA